UCCACCUCCACCACAAGCAUGUUGUCUGUCAGUGCGAAAAUGGACGCGGUGACGAACGUGUGGGCCCUCUUGGCCCCCAAAUUGGCCACUUUCGGCAACCUCGGCGCCCAGCUGAGCGGCGACGACCACCGCUCGGUCGAACUCUUCAGCACGCUCGAGAGCAAGGUGCGUUCCAUUGGCCAGGUCAUCCGCAAGCACAUGGAGUUCGGCGGCGCCUCCAACAGGAUCGUCGUUUUGAAAAUCGCCAACCCCCUCUUUGUCGCCCCCAUGCUGCUCGCCUUCUGGAAGAACGGCGUCGCGUGCGCCCUGCUCAACCCUGAAUGCAAGCAGGCUGAACUGAAGCAAAUGCAGGAAGUGACCGCGAGCAGCUUUCUGAUCGAGGACGAACCGCAAGUGGCCGUGUGGAUGGCCGGUGUGGUCAUCAAGGGCAUGAGCACCGACCUGAGCAACGCCCUGCAAGCCGCCGAUCAGGCCGAAUACGAAAUUGGCGAGGAUCGCAGCGAGGAGCAGCCGAACUUGGACGACGUCGCCCUCAUCCUCUCUUCCAGCGGCUCCACCGGCCUGCCCAAGGGCGUCGCCCUUUCCCACCGCAACCUCAUCGCCGUCCUCCAGGACAGCUCAACUUUUGUGGAGAAAGGGUCGAGGGCGCUGUGCGUGCUGCCGUUGUGUCACGCGUUCGGACUGGUUUUGAUGCUCAUGUGCCUCAAGGAGGGCGCCCUGCUUGUCCUCAUGAGGAAGUUCAACUUGAAGAAUUACUUUUUCGCAGCUUCGCGUCACAAGGUGGACACUUUGUUCGUGGUGCCGCCGAUCUUGAAAAUGAUCUGCGACAACAUCCAAGAGGCCAAGCGGACCAUGACCCAGGUCACCAAGAUCCUGACCGGCGCCAGCCACGUCAAGGCCGAGUGGCAACGCAGAGUGGCCGACAACCUGCCGCUGAGACCGCAAAUGUGCCACUCGUACGGCCUCACCGAAACCACCUUCACCGUUUUGGCCGGCGAAAGUCGCGCGGACAAACCUGGCUCGCCGGGAAAGGUCUGCAGAGGAUUUUCCUGCAAGGUGGUGGAUCCGUCGAGCGGCGAACGCCUCUCGGCAAACCAAACCGGAGAGCUGCUGGUCAAGUCGGACUCGGUGAUGCUGGGCUACGUGAACAACCCUGCGGCCAGCGCCGAGGCCUUCCGCGACGGCUGGCUGCGCACCGGCGACCUGUGCUUCUUCGACCCCGAAGGCUACUUCUUCGUGGUCGACCGAAUCAAAGACGUCAUCAAGUUCAACUCGCACCAGAUUUCGCCCGCCGAGCUCGAGGGCGUCGUUGCCAGGGUGGCGGGGGUGCUGGACGUGGCCGUGGUCGGCGUCCCGCACCCCAGCCACGGUGAGACGCCGCACGCCCUCGUCGUCAGGCAGGACCACAGCGACCUGACCGAGGCCAAGGUCAUGCAAGCCGUCUCAGAGAGUGUCAGCGCGUACAAACAACUGCACUGCGUCACUUUUGUCAACCAACUGCCGAAAACGCUGAGCGGGAAGAUCCAGAGGAAGAAGGCGCUGGCCCUGAUCUACCCGGCCAGGGACAGAAUCCCCAGCGCUCUGGACACACCGCAAAAGUCUGCCCAACAUCCCUCGGAAGAUAACUCAUAAUUAAAUUAUGUUCAAAAAGUUAAUAAAAGUAAUAAUUUUUUUAAAGUUAAAAUGCAGACUUCAAUCACCUCUUUGUGACCGCAUCUUUUCUCCGAGUUGAACAUUUUGCUGGCCCUGUCGGAGCUGACGAUGGGCUUCUUACAUUCGGAGUACAGGACAGUCACAGUCAUGUUGGAUGAGCCUCCCUUUUUGCUGGGUCAAUUUAUUUGAAUACUUACAAAAAUUAAUCAAAAUUAUACUUCAUUGAUUCGAUUCAUCUAUGCAUGAAAUUGCAAAGCUCAUAUGUCUUGAGCUCAGGCGAUUUUCACUUCCU